CAAGAUUUAAGAUUCUCCUAGACACGUACAUGAACCAAAUUCUCCAAAACACGAAGCGAGCAAGUCGAACUCGAAGCACACCGAAGCCCACAAAAUCGCACCGAUGUCAGAGCCCCCAAAAGCCAGGGUAGUAAUCUGCGUGGGCGACAUCCACGGCUUCAUAACGAAGCUGCAGAACCUGUGGUCGAACCUCGAAAGCAGCAUCGACCGAUCCCAAUUCGAAACCGCCACCGUAAUCUUCCUCGGCGACUACUGCGACAGAGGCCCCGACACCCGCCGCGUCAUCGAUUUCCUGGCGGCCCUGCCGUCGCGGCACCCGCGGCAGAGGCACGUCUUCCUGUGCGGCAACCACGACCUGGCCUUCGCCGCCUUCCUCCGCCUCCUCCCGCCUCCGUCGGACGGGUCGGCGUUCUCGGAGGGGUGGAGGGAGUACGAGGGGAGCGAGGCGCGCGAAGGGUGGUUCAAGGGCGAGGGGUAUGAGGACAUGCACUUGCAGGGUCGAAGGUGGAGUGGUAACAUCACAGUGAAGUUUAACACUGCUAAGGGCACCGAGUAUCAGGGGUCCAUUUACGACGCUGGACCCACCUUUGAGUCCUAUGGAGUUCCCCAUGGUUCCUCUGAUUUGGUUAAGGCUGUUCCUGAUGAGCAUAAGAAAUUUCUUGCUGAUUUGGUUUGGGUCCAUGAAGAGGACGAUGUCUUUGUGAACACUGGUGAUGGAGUUAAAUGCUGCAAGUUGAUUGCUGUUCAUGCUGGUUUGGUGAAAGGAGCAGAUGUGAAAGAGCAACUAAAACUUUUGAAAGCUCGGGAUACUCGGGUACCUAAGGUUGAGGCUCUAAGUGGGAGAAAGAGUGUAUGGGAUAUUCCAGAGGAACUAACUGCAAGUGGAACCAUCGUUGUUAGUGGUCACCAUGCAAAACUCCAUGUAGAAGACCUAAGGCUGAUCAUUGAUGAAGGUGGAGGAUAUAAAGAUAAGCCAGUGGCUGCAAUUAUUCUUCCUUCGAUGAAGAUUAUUCGUGACACUGAUGUAUUAGCAAAAUAGUUUCAUAUUUGUGAUAUUUUUGCUUGUAUACAGAGUAGUCAAGCUGUUAAGCUUUAGAUCUAAUGAGCUUAGAGAUGAAAUAAUGUGUGUGUGUGUUGCUGAUCUGAAACACGAGAUACAUUUAAAAGGUUUUUCCUCUAAUUCUGAUUGUCAAUAAAGCAUUAAACUAUUCUUUUAAGCAA